AUGCAGCAUCUAUUGCAAGUUUCCCCUAUUAUGGAUAAAAUAAAGCACUUCCAGCAAGUAUUGUCUUAUAGAAUACAACUGACAACUUCACAAAAGGUCAUGUUGUGGAGCUUAGGAGUAGUUGGAACUAGUGCAGUAGUAGUUGGAAUACUAUCACGAUAUCUGGCCAGAAAGCGUGCAAAACCAAUAUUUAAUCCAAGAAUCCAAAGAGCUAUUAACAAAAGGAUUUCAAGAAUGAGAAGUCCUAAUGGAGGUAUGGGAUCUGUGGCAAGCAGUGGUGGUAGAAGUAGUCCUCUUGGAUUCAGUGAAAGACUAUCAAUGGCAUCUGGUUCAAUUGGAUCUGGUGGAGGUGAUGCUGCUCCUCUUUCACCACAACAGUUAGGAGUAAUGGCGCCAUCUCUUGAUAAA